AUGCUUAAGGGGAUCCGUAGCCGUGCGAAACGUGAUAAUGAGCCGCGUGUACUGAUAGUGGGACUUGACAACGCUGGAAAGACUACCGUACUGAAUGCAUUGGGAGAAGACGAGGUGCCUGUGGAGGGAAAAGUUUCCCACGCCGCACCUGAGGGACCAACGCAAGGGUUUAAUAUCAAAACACUCACACGUGGGAAUAAACGGGCUAAGUUAUGUGAUCUCGGUGGCCAGCGGGCGCUGCGAGACUAUUGGCAGGAUUACUACAGCAACACGGACUGCAUUAUGUACGUGGUGGAUUCUUCUGACCACCGCCGACUCGAAGAAUCUCACGCUGCAUUUGUGGAUGUUCUAAAGGGCAUUGAAGGUGCUCCGGUUUUGGUGUUUGCGAAUAAACAAGAUCUUGCAACCGCAAAAGAUGCUCAGGCGAUCGCAGAAUGCCUUCAUUUGCAUGACUUCCGAGACCGCAAGUGGCACAUCCAAGGCUGUAGCGCCAAAACGGGAGCAGGACUGGAGGAAGGCGUGGCAUGGAUACUUAGCACUUGUGCCCCGUAA